UAUCAUAAACUCUGGAUAGGAUGUCCAAUGACCCAGUACUUGUUUCAGCAAUGUGUGGAGAAUUCAUCUAUGAUACCUCCAAUCAAGGAAUCUCUUGUGAAUACCAAAUCGCGAUUCACAAAAUAGUGAGUUUUUACUUCUCUCUCUAUUAAAGUCUCAACUUCAAACCCCAGAUUUUCCCAUCAAAAUUCUAAUUGAGGAUUCAACCACUGUUGCCAAGAGAUUUUGGCCCGAGUCAAACUUCUGACCCCAAUCAUGACCGCCAAGUCAAACCUUAGAAUGCUUCACAAUACAUUUCUAGGAUGAAAUUUAUUAUGAAAAUCGGCUUGGUAGUUUGAUGUUCAACCCAAGAGGUUAUUGAACUACUACUAGUUGUGAGUAAAUACUACAUUAAAAGAUGCCGAAUCCAAUCAUUUUCUCAACUUACGGCUGAGCCUAUCUCGAAAUUUCCUUUCAUUCAUUUCUCUUCUCUUCUCAGCGCUGUGCGUUUGGUUCAAUUUCAUCAUGAUUUUCAUUAAAGAUUUACUAUUUUUCCUCCUCUUCGUUCUUUUUGCUCCUGUUGAUGCUUUACCCAAGAAAAAUACCGCUUCAUCUUCUACAGGUUCUACGACGAAAACUGGAACUACAGGUGGUGUAUCAAAAGCCGCAGGUGGAACGAUGAUUUUAGACAAAACUGUUCAGAUCAAGUAAUUCUUCGUUAUCCCAAUUUCCAUGUAAAAGUACUAACUAAAAAGUGGUCUCCCAAUUCGUUACAAAAUCAGCGCUCCGGCAAAUAUGUUCACCUCAGCAUCAGGAGUAACCGGCGGCACAGCAUCAUCCAACACAACCGGAAGAGCAGGUCUUAACGUUCUUCUCCACGGUGAUGGCGGCACAUCGUUCUUCGAUUUCCCCAAUCAAGCAGUCCAGAAUAAUCUCAUGGGAGUUGUGGUCCUCGCUCCAAAUAAAAAGAUGCUAUGGGGAGGUGGAUCCGGUCUCCAACGUACUGACGGCGUCGCUCACGCUGCGGCAGUAAACACACUAAUCCAAACCCAAUUAUCCAAAGACGUAGCAUUCGACCCGGGGAAUGUAUUUUUCACCGGCGUCUCAGGCGGUUCAUUACUCCUAUCUGGAUUCUUCAUGCCAGCAUUCGGCGCAAAGUAUAAAACAGGCGUUCUUUUAAAUUGUGGUGCCCUCACCCCGCAAGUGGCUGUUGUGGAUGCGAAUACCUUGAUGCAGAAUACCAAGAUACAUUACCAAAGUACGAAAGAUGAGUUGACUUCAUUGCAAGGAUCUAUUCCGACGGCGAUUAGUGCGUAUGAGAAAUUGGCCAAGGGGGCUGGUAUGUCGGCGAGUCAGAUUGGGAAUUUGCAGACGGUAGAUAAUACCCCGAGUGGAGGUGGUCAUUGGUAUGUUUUCUUCCACAUCUAUACACAUAAACUUUGAAUCUUCAGUGUUUUUCCGAGAACGAGAUGAAUGGAAAUGAUGAAAUGCGGCUACUGAUUUAAGGAAAUAGUGGAUUUGAUAAUAAAGAUUUUGUAUCUGGAGUUCAGUUGAUGGCAUCGAAUUAUGCUAAUGUUAUGGGUAAAAAUGCUUCGGGCCAGGUUACAGGGAUUGGAAAUGUUUUGAAGGUAUGUUUUUUCUUUUUUUUAUUCUUUGAGAGGGGGUUGAAAGAUAUUGGUGUUUUGGAUUUAUGGGGAUUAGGGAAUCUGGGCUAAUGAGUUUGAUUGAUAGACGGUCGUUGGAAAUGAGAAAUUGGUUUUUACUACUUCUACCUAGGUACUUGAGAUUUGAGAUUGGAUAGUAUGGGGUAGGGGAUAGACAAAUGGUUGGAGGGUGAACGAGUUGAAAGUUCAGAUAUCGUGCUGUUUUGGAAAGGACUAGGAAA